AUGGAGGCGAAGAACUUUGUAGUUUGGGAUUAUGUCGUAUUUGCAGCCCUCUUUAUCAUCUCCUCUGGGAUUGGGGUGUUCUUUGCUAUUAAGGAACGAAAAAAGGCAACUUCAAGGGAGUUCCUGGUCGGGGGAAGGCAAAUGAGCUUUGGCCCCGUGGCUUUGUCUCUGACGGCCAGCUUCAUGUCAGCUGUCACUGUCCUGGGGACCCCAUCCGACGUCUACCGCUUCGGGGCCUCCUUCGCCGUCUUCUUCAUUGCGUAUACUUUUGUCAUCAUCUUCACAUCAGAGCUCUUUCUCCCCGUGUUCUAUAGAUCCGGCAUCACCAGCACUUAUGAGUACUUACAACUACGAUUCAACAAGCUGGUUCGCUACGCAGCCACAGUCAUCUACAUCGUGCAGACGAUUCUCUACACAGGAGUGGUGGUGUAUGCUCCUGCUCUGGCGCUCAAUCAAGUGACUGGGUUUGACCUCUGGGGCUCUGUGUUUGCAACAGGAAUUGUUUGCACGUUCUACUGUACACUGGGAGGCUUAAAGGCAGUGGUGUGGACAGAUGCGUUUCAGAUGGUUGUCAUGAUUGUCGGCUUCUUAACGGUUCUCAUUCAAGGAUCAUCUCAUGCUGGUGGAUUACACAAUGUGUUAGAGCACUCAAGAAAUGGAUCUCGACUACAUAUAUUCGACUUUGACGUGGAUCCUCUCAGGCGGCACACUUUCUGGACAAUCUCCGUGGGAGGCACUUUUACGUGGCUUGGCAUCUACGGAGUCAACCAGUCCACCAUCCAGCGAUGCAUCUCUUGCAAAACAGAAAAGCAUGCAAAGUUAGCCUUGUAUUUUAACUUGUUGGGUCUCUGGAUCAUUCUGCUGUGUGCUGUCUUCUCUGGCUUGAUCAUGUACUCCUACUUCAGAGACUGUGACCCCUGGACUUCUGGCAUUAUCUCAGCCCCAGACCAGCUGAUGCCGUACUUUGUCAUGGAGAUAUUUGCCACAAUGCCAGGCCUGCCGGGACUCUUCGUGGCUUGUGCCUUCAGCGGGACUCUGAGCACCGUGGCUGCCAGCAUCAACGCCUUAGCAACGGUGACCUUUGAGGAUUUCGUCAAGAGCUAUUUUCCCCAUCUCUCCGACAAGCUGAGCACCUGGAUCAGUAAAGGCUUAUGUCUCUUGUUUGGCGUUCUGUGUACUUCCAUGGCCAUGGCUGCGUCCCUCAUGGGGGGUGUCAUCCAGGCUGCCCUCAGCAUCCACGGCAUGUGUGGGGGACCCAUGCUGGGCCUGUUCUCUCUGGGAAUCCUGUUCCCUUUUGUGAACUGGAAGGGUGCACUAGGAGGCCUUCUGUCUGGAAUCACCCUGUCAUUUUGGGUGGGCAUUGGGGGCUUCAUCUACCCUGCACCAGCCUCCAAGACAUGGCCUUUGCCUUUGUCAACAGAGCAGUGUGUCCUAUCAAAUGAGACGGAACCAGCGUCCACAGUGCUAACCAGCAGACCUGCCAUCGCUGACACCUGGUAUUCACUCUCCUAUCUCUACUAUAGCGCAGUGGGCUGCCUGGGAUGCGUUGCUGCUGGAAUUAUCAUCAGCUUCCUAACAGGUCACCAAAGCGGCCAGGAUGUUCAGCCACUGCUAAUUAGACCAGUUUGCAAUUUAUUUUGCUUUUGGUCUAAGAAAUACAAAACGCUGUGCUGGUGUGGAGUUCAGCAUGACAGUGGGACAGAGCAGGAAAACCUUGAGAAUGGCAGUACCUGGAAACAAGGGGACGGAUCGGUCUUACAGAAUGGAUUUAAGCAAGAAAGCCUGGUCCAACUUCCAGGCUAUGAUCCCAAGGACAAAAGCUACACCAAUAUGGCAAUAGAGAAAGUUACCCAUUUCUAA